CCCGACUGAGUCACUCGGCAAAGGAAACUCCCGGGCCCCGCCCGGACCCCCAAGCCUCCGCGGACCCAGAAUGCCGCCACCUGCCUCUGGUCCCAUUCCAGGGCAGGGCUGCCCCUGAGUACCCUUGAGAUUGGAGCAGAUUCAGCAGAAGGCAGAUUGCCCCCUCCCCCUGGAGCUGGCACUGAAGCCCAGGAUGGCGGCCCAGGUGACGCUGGAGGACGCGCUGUCCAACGUGGACCUCCUGGAGGAGCUGCCCCUGCCCGACCAGCAGCCCUGCAUCGAGCCGCCACCGUCCUCGCUGCUCUACCAGCCAAAUUUCAACACUAACUUUGAAGACAGAAAUGCGUUUGUCACUGGCAUCGCGAGAUACAUUGAACAAGCCACCGUCCACUCCAGCAUGAACGAGAUGCUGGAGGAGGGCCAAGAAUACGCUGUCAUGCUGUACACCUGGAGGAGCUGCUCCCGGGCCAUCCCGCAGGUGAAAUGUAACGAGCAGCCUAACAGAGUGGAAAUUUAUGAGAAAACCGUGGAGGUUCUGGAGCCUGAGGUCACAAAACUGAUGAAUUUUAUGUACUUCCAGAGAAACGCCAUUGAGCGCUUCUGUGGGGAGGUCCGGCGCCUGUGCCACGCGGAGAGGAGGAAGGACUUUGUGUCGGAAGCCUACCUGAUCACGCUGGGCAAGUUCAUCAACAUGUUCGCGGUGCUGGACGAGCUGAAGAACAUGAAGUGCAGCGUGAAGAAUGACCACUCGGCAUACAAGAGGGCUGCUCAAUUUCUACGUAAAAUGGCAGAUCCGCAGUCCAUCCAGGAAUCGCAGAAUCUGUCCAUGUUCCUGGCCAAUCACAACAAGAUCACACAGUCUCUGCAGCAGCAGCUCGAAGUGAUUCCUGGCUACGAAGAGCUCCUGGCAGACAUCGUGAAUCUGUGUGUGGAUUACUAUGAGAACAGGAUGUAUCUGACGCCCAGUGAGAAACACAUGCUUCUCAAAGUGAUGGGAUUUGGUCUGUACCUGAUGGAUGGGAGUGUCAGUAACAUCUAUAAGUUAGAUGCCAAGAAAAGAAUAAACUUAUCCAAAAUUGACAAGUACUUCAAGCAACUCCAGGUGGUUCCACUAUUUGGGGACAUGCAAAUAGAACUGGCAAGAUACAUCAAGACCAGCGCCCACUACGAGGAAAAUAAAUCUCGGUGGACGUGCACAUCCUCCGGCAGCAGUCCGCAGUACAACAUCUGUGAGCAGAUGAUCCAGAUCCGUGAGGACCACAUGCGCUUCAUCUCGGAGCUGGCGCGCUACAGCAACAGCGAGGUGGUCACAGGCUCAGGCCGCCAGGAGGCCCAGAAGACGGACGCGGAGUACCGGAAGCUGUUCGACCUGGCGCUGCAGGGCCUGCAGCUGCUGUCCCAGUGGAGCGCGCACGUGAUGGAAGUGUAUUCGUGGAAGCUCGUGCACCCCACCGACAAGUACUCCAACAAGGACUGCCCCGACAGCGCCGAGGAGUACGAGCGCGCCACGCGCUACAACUACACCAGUGAGGAGAAGUUCGCCCUGGUGGAGGUGAUCGCCAUGAUCAAAGGCCUGCAGGUGCUGAUGGGCAGGAUGGAGAGCGUGUUCAACCACGCCAUCCGGCAUACCGUCUACGCCGCGCUGCAGGACUUCUCCCAGGUGACCCUUAGGGAGCCACUGCGGCAGGCCAUCAAGAAGAAGAAGAAUGUCAUCCAGAGUGUCCUGCAGGCCAUCAGGAAGACCGUGUGCGACUGGGAGACGGGGCACGAGCCCUUCAACGACCCCGCCCUGCGGGGCGAGAAGGACCCCAAGAGUGGCUUUGACAUAAAAGUGCCACGCCGCGCCGUGGGACCCUCCAGCACUCAGCUUUACAUGGUGAGAACCAUGCUGGAGUCCCUCAUUGCAGACAAAAGUGGUUCCAAGAAAACCCUGAGAAGCAGCCUUGAGGGGCCCACCAUAUUGGACAUUGAAAAAUUUCACCGAGAGUCAUUCUUCUACACUCACUUGAUAAAUUUCAGUGAAACGCUGCAGCAGUGCUGUGACCUCUCGCAGCUGUGGUUCCGCGAGUUCUUCCUGGAGCUGACCAUGGGCCGCAGGAUCCAGUUCCCCAUCGAGAUGUCCAUGCCCUGGAUCCUGACAGACCACAUCCUGGAGACCAAGGAGGCGUCCAUGAUGGAGUACGUACUCUACUCCCUGGACCUGUACAAUGAUAGCGCCCACUACGCGCUCACCAGGUUCAACAAGCAGUUCCUGUACGACGAGAUUGAGGCUGAGGUGAAUCUAUGUUUUGACCAAUUUGUUUACAAGCUGGCAGACCAGAUAUUUGCAUAUUACAAGGUUAUGGCAGGAAGUUUGCUUCUUGAUAAACGGUUACGAUCAGAAUGCAAGAAUCAGGGAGCCACGAUCCACCUGCCGCCGUCCAACCGCUACGAAACGCUGCUGAAGCAGAGGCAUGUGCAGCUCCUCGGCAGGUCAAUAGACCUCAAUCGCCUGAUCACCCAGCGCGUCUCAGCAGCCGUGUAUAAGUCCCUGGAACUGGCAAUUGGACGAUUUGAAAGUGAAGACUUGACCUCCAUAGUUGAGCUGGAUGGCCUGUUGGAAAUCAACCGCAUGACCCACAGGCUGCUGAGCCGGUACCUGACGCUGGACAGCUUCGAUGCCAUGUUCCGGGAGGCCAACCACAAUGUGUCGGCGCCCUACGGGAGGAUCACCCUGCACGUCUUCUGGGAGCUCAACUACGACUUCCUGCCCAACUACUGCUACAAUGGCUCUACCAACCGGUUUGUUCGGACAGUAUUACCAUUUUCUCAAGAAUUUCAAAGAGAUAAGCAGCCUAAUGCACAACCCCAGUAUCUGCAUGGAUCCAAGGCUUUGAACCUGGCCUACUCCAGCAUUUACGGCAGCUACCGGCACUUUGUGGGGCCUCCGCAUUUUCAAGUCAUCUGCCGGCUCCUUGGCUACCAGGGUAUUGCUGUGGUCAUGGAGGAGCUGCUGAAGGUCGUCAAGAGCCUGCUGCAGGGCACCAUCCUGCAGUACGUGAAGACGCUGAUGGAGGUGAUGCCCAAGAUCUGCCGCCUGCCCCGGCACGAGUAUGGCUCUCCCGGUAUCCUGGAGUUCUUCCACCACCAGCUGAAGGACAUCGUGGAGUAUGCAGAGCUGAAGACGGUGUGCUUCCAGAACCUGCGGGAGGUGGGGAACGCCGUCCUCUUCUGCCUGCUCAUCGAGCAGAGCCUGUCUUUAGAAGAAGUCUGUGACCUCCUGCAUGCGGCUCCCUUCCAGAAUAUCUUGCCGCGAGUCCAUGUGAAAGAGGGGGAGAGACUUGAUGCCAAAAUGAAGAGACUAGAGUCAAAGUACGCCCCGCUGCAUCUUGUCCCACUGAUCGAAAGACUGGGGACCCCUCAGCAAAUUGCCAUCGCAAGAGAGGGGGACCUGCUGACCAAGGAGCGCCUGUGCUGCGGCCUGUCCAUGUUUGAGGUCAUCCUGACGCGGAUCCGGAGCUUUCUGGACGACCCGAUCUGGCGCGGGCCUCUGCCCAGCAAUGGGGUCAUGCAUGUGGAUGAGUGUGUGGAGUUCCACAGGCUGUGGAGUGCCAUGCAGUUUGUGUACUGCAUUCCCGUAGGGACACACGAGUUCACAGUCGAGCAGUGCUUUGGUGAUGGGCUACACUGGGCUGGCUGUAUGAUCAUCGUACUUCUUGGGCAGCAGCGGCGUUUUGCUGUGCUGGAUUUCUGCUACCAUCUACUUAAAGUCCAGAAACAUGAUGGCAAAGACGAGAUUAUUAAAAAUGUGCCUUUGAAGAAGAUGGUGGAGCGAAUUCGCAAGUUCCAGAUUCUCAAUGACGAGAUCAUCACCAUCCUGGAUAAGUACCUGAAGUCAGGCGACGGGGAGAGCACACCAGUGGAGCACGUGCGCUGCUUCCAGCCGCCCAUCCACCAGUCCUUGGCCAGCAGCUGAGGGCGCGGGCUGCACUCCGUAACUCAGCGUGGCAUGCUUCUCUGUCGGUAUUUAGUGAGAUUUUUAGGGACUAUUUUUCAGUAUCUCUGUGCCUGUCAAAGGGGGUGCUUUUCAUCUAAAAGCUUAAUUUUAUAAAACUGACUUAUUUUUCUAGUCUAAAAUUGUAUAUGCUUUUGUUAAUUAGGAACUCGGAGCAUGCUGGCUGUUGAUUGUUGCCAUCACAUUCUUACAAAAUUACUGUUUUUCUAUGGGAUGUUCUGGCAGCCAGCUAUGGUUCAUUCCGUAAGAAACUUAAUACCAGCAAAUGUAUUAAAUCCCUUACUAGUUCCCAUUAAAUGUACCUACUUAGCUUUUGUGUAAGGAUCCUUCUCACAGCCUUUUAUGAACAAUCUUAGUUCUAAGUCAUUGUUUCCAUCCCUUUUUUGUAUCAGUGUUUCAGAAAAUAGUGAACUUGAUUCCCCUGCUUCCACUAAAUCCAGUUGUGACAAAAUCUAACAUGAGAUCAGACCAAAAGGAUAUAGAAAUAAAACUAAUGAGGUCUA